AACCACACUCCACGGGCCGGGGAAAGUUAAUUAAUGUAUCUGUUUAAAGACAAGCGACUAUCUAAAUUGCCAGAGUCUACAGUGUUUGGCGUUCAUUACACUUCCUCGACAACAUGCAAACGAGUUUGCUUCGAUAAUUGAAUGCCCGCCGAGGUCCUGCUGACCCCAGAGACCCCGCCACACAGACUCCUCCACUCGCCACAGCAUUCAGACCGAACAUGGUUUACCCGAGUGACACGUCGGACACCAACAACGAGGAGCUGGCAUUGGAACACAGUGUUGCACAUGGCAAUGGAACCACCAUCGCGCCCAGACCAGCCACCGGACCAGGACCAGGACCAGGAGCUAGUGACGACAACAACAAAGUCAAUCAGCGCCAAUAUGAGCCGCGAGAGCGCUUCAUUAUCACCAAAAACGUGGUCGUAAUAGGCCUGGCCUUUAUGAUACACUUCACGGCCUUCCAUGGCACAUCGAAUCUGCAGAGUUCGGUGAAUGCGGACAAGGCCCUGGGCACCACCACCCUGGCGGUCAUCUAUGGCUCCCUCAUCCUGUCCAACAUCUUUCUGCCCAUGACUGUGAUUAGUUGGUUCGGCUGCCGGCUGACCAUGGCCCUGGCCCUGUUCGCCUAUAUGCCCUACAUUGCCGCCCAGUUCUUUCCCCGCUUCGAGACCCUCAUACCGGCUGCCCUUAUGGUGGGCUUUGGUGGCGGCCCGCUGUGGUGCUCCAAGUGCACGUACCUCUCCACUGUGUCGGAGGCCCUCACCCAGGUUCGGGGCAACAGGUCACGCAAGGAUGUCAAUACGGUCCGAUUCUUUGGGCUGUUCUUCAUCUUCUACCAAAUGGCCCAGGUGUGGGGCAACCUGAUCUCCUCCUCGGUGCUAACGCUGAGUGCGCCGGUUAGCCAGUCGCCGGCGAAUGAGAGCCUGGAUCUGGAGCUAGAGAGGAGCAGGGUGGCCGAGCUGUGCGGGGCUCGCUUCUGUCCGGGAGUAAGUGCCGAAGCCAAUCCCAAUUUGGUGCCACCAGCUCCCGAGCAGAUACAGUUGCUCAAUUCCAUCUUUCUGGCCUGCAUGGCAGUAGCCGUGGUCCUGAUGAUCUUCGGUGUGAGUUCCCUCAAGCGCUAUGGCAUGAAGCGCGGCGACACUGGGGAUGGCAUGUCCGGCCUGAAGCUGCUCACGGUGACCAUUAAUCUGUUGAGGAAACGUCGCCAGAUCCUGAUGCUGCCCAUUACGAUGUUCAUUGGAUUGGAGGAGGCCUUCCUAGCUGUGGACUUCACCCGUUCCUUUGUGGCCUGCGGCUGGGGCAUUUCCAGGAUAGGCUUUGCCAUGAUCUGCUUUGGAGUGGCCAAUGCGGUGGCCGCUGGCAUUGCAGGUGCACUGGUGGAGCGCAUCGGAAGGGUUACCCUGGCCGGCCUUUGUGCUGUGCUCAACAUUUGCCUGCUGGCGUAUAUGUACGGCUGGGAGGCUCGGGAGGGUGACUACCUGAGAUACUGCACCUUUGCCGCCGUUUGGGGCAUCUGCGAUGGAGUCUGGCUGGUUGUUGUCAACGCAUUUUAUGGCAUCUUGUUUCCGAACCAUCUGAUUGCCGCUUAUAGCAACUUUCGGCUGUGGGAGAGCACGGGCUCGGUCAUCGGCUACGUGAUAAGUUCACAGCUUUGCACUUCCACCAAAUUAAUGAUUCUGAUGGCCGUUAUGGUGGUGGGUUGCGUGGGAUAUGGCCUCAUUGAGUACCGCGUGUGGCAGAAGCAAAAGAAUCUGGAGGUCAUGCUCAGUGACUGA